AUGGAGUAUAAAGAUGAGUGGCAGGAUGAUGACUUCCCCAGGUGGGUGUCAGAUGACUUUGAUGAUGCUGUACUUUACAGGGUCCUUAUUACUGUGUAUCAAGUAUUGUAAUAACUCACCGUUACAUUGUAUUUAUGGCAGUAAUCCAACGGUACGUACAGUAUACUUGGCCUAAAGUGUAACCGCAAGGAUUACAAUUAAGCAAUAAGGCCUGAGGGGGUAUGGCUCCCGAGUGGCGCAGUGGUCUGAGGCCCUGCAUCUCAGUGCAUCUCAGUGCUAGAGGCGUCAUUACAGACCCUGGUUCGAUUCCACGCUGUAUCACAAUCCGGCAGUGUAUCACAAUUGGCCCAGCGCCGUCCGGGUUUGGCCGGGGUAGUUAAAUAGAGGUUAUAUAAAAAUAAUAUGGCCAAUAUACCACGGCUAAGGGCUGUUCUUAGAAAUGACACAACGCAGAGUGCCGGUAUACAGACCUUGGUAUAUUGGCCAUAUACCACAAACCAGAGGUACCUUAUUGCUAUUUGAUACCAUGGCAUUGUUGAAUACUUGUUUCUGAUUGGCUUGAAGGGCAUUCUAGAGCGCACAGCAUAUUUGCACGGUAGAAUUAAAUGGCUAUAGUUCAUUCUUACAUGUUCUAUAUUUGAGUUGCUUUUGUAAGCAAAAGUCUUAUUGAAAACAUUAUUGUCACUGUUGAAUUUAGAUUUUCAUAAUGGCAAGCUGGUGGUUUGGUUAGCUAAACUAGCAAGUUUGUUUGUUUGGUUACCACGGCAACUACUGUAGCUCUAUAGUAAACUUUCUAGCUACUUCAGUGGAUGUUGAACACAUUUCUACCAGCAAAUAAACACAUUUCUAGUGACAAAUAUGUUCAAUUAUAGCCAUGGUAUAAAAGGGAUAAUCAACUCGGGGCUCUAUGCAUUCUCUGGAAAAUAAUGGAACUCUGUGGAAGGUCAGUUCCACUCCGCUAGCGCGUCGUGGAACACACCUUCCACGUCGUUCAUAGAACACAUAGCCCCUAGUUGAUUAUCCCUUACAUAAACUGGUUAUCAAGAUAAUUAGUACAGUAAACAAGUAAUUUUGUGUCAGCCAAUCAGCAUUCAGGGCUCAAACACCCCGGUUUAUAAUUAAGCAAUAAGGCCCGAGGGGGUGAGUUUUAAGGCCAAUAUACUAUGGCUAAGGGCUGUUCUUAAGCAUGACGCAACGCAGAGUACCUGGACACAGCCCUUCGCCGUGGUACUGUAUGUUGGCCAUAUAUCACAAACCCCAGAGGUGCCUUAUUGCUAUUAUAAACUGGUUACCAAUGUAAUUAGAGCAGUAAAAAUAACUGUUUUGUCACACCCGUGGUAUAUGGACUGAUAUGCCAUGGCUAUCAGCCAAUCAGCAUUCAGUGCUCGAACCACCCAGUUUAUAAUAUUUGUUAUGUUAUGGCAAGAAUAAUCACACAGUUUUAAAAAAAAGACACUUUAGAAUGCUACUGUGUGGGUUUUUUUAAACACCUGGGCAUCGGUACUGAGGAGAUGUGAUGGUUGGGUGGCAUUUCAUCACAACUGGUAGAUGACAAUGACUCAUGUUUGCAGUGAUGUUUGUUGUUGAAUUAUUAUAAUCAGCUUCAGCUAAAUGUGCUUGAGGAUUUCCUAGUGGGCUAGCCCUGUGCAGCUGGUCUAAUUAUAGCCUGGAAUACCCAGCAGAUACCCCCCAUCUACUGAAAUCAACCUUCUCUGAAAUUGCAAUAGUUAUAUGGCAAUAAUAUGUGCUGUAAACAUUCACAAACACUGCAUUGAUAAAGAUUAAUUGGCCUCCAAGAACUGAAGAAUUACGAAGAGGACUUGAUUUAGGCAUGAUAUCUCCCUUUAUUGUCACUAUGAGAUGCAGGGAGAUCAGAUACUUGCUCUGUAGGAGAGAGAGAGAGAGCAUCCUGACACCAGGCAGCAUCUUUCUUGCUCUCCAUCUGCAGCCUUGUCUCAUAGACUAGACGUAACAUAGUAAAUGUAAAUCCGGGACAAGCAAAUGAGUAUGAUAUGUUAGGUUUGGUAUGGUUACAUAAGACAGAAGGUUACUUAAAGCAAAAACAAAAGUGAGUGGUUGGUCGGGGUGGAUGGGCGGACGUAUAACGCAAACGUCUAGCAACCCAAAGGUUGAGUAUUCGAAUCUCAUCACGGAUAACUUGAGCAUUUUAGCAACUUUGCAACUACUUACUACUUUUUAGCUACUUUGCAACUACUUAUCAUGUUAGCUAACCUUCCCCUAAUCUUAACCAUUUAACCAAACCCUAACCUUAACCCCUAACCCUAAUCCCUAGCCUGGCUAAUGUUAAUCACCUAGCUAACAUUAGCAUUAGUCAUCUAGCCACCUAACUAAUGUUAGCCACAACAAAUUGGAUAUCGUAACAUAUCAUAAGUUUAGCAAAUUCGUAACAUAUUGUAAAAAUUGAAAUUCGUAACAUAUCAUACUAAAUGAAUGAUGGACAUCCACAAAUGAAUACAUACCAUACGAAACGUAACAUAUCAAACUAAUUGGAGUGUGCCAGAUUUACUUUUACUAUGUUGCGUCUACCUCUGAGUCCAGGUUACCAUCUGAGGGAGCGCAGGGAGCAGGUGCAGCUCUCAUUAAGUGGCGAUGGGCUAUGUCAUGUGACGCAGCCACGAGUCAAAAACACAGCAUCACGAGGAAAAUGGUGGCAGUUCAGCUAUAGGGAAGAGGAGGAGCAGGAGGAGGAAGAGAAAAGCAGCAGCUCUGAAGGAUGAUGUGCCUGAGGCUCCCUAUAAUCUACUGAGAUAAGGGAAUGAAUAAUAUUAUAGGAUCUAGGGCUGUGAAGUAAAUUACUUGCCUGGAAAUCAUCUUUGAAAUCAUCCUUCUCCUUUUUCAUAAGGUAAACUCUUAAGAUAUUUUAGCCCUCGUCAUUUUAGGAGAAGAAUAUGGCCUGACUGCUUGACAUUUGGGAUUAUAAUACCCUUUGUUAGACAUCAAUCCUAUUUCAUUUCUUCUUCAUGGGUUUCAUUUUGUGUUGGAAAAUGGUUAUUGAACAAUGGAAGCUUGCCAGUAGUGAUAGCAGUAGUCUGUCUUCAGGGACGCUAGGUCGGACACCAUGCAGAGUAACGGAUGCUCUUGUCAUUUGUUAUUGCCAGUCAUGUUGUUUUGGCAACACUCUGUUAUGAACUGUCUGUCCACCCUGGGAUGUUAAGAUGAAAGGAUGUCUUCGGCUUAUGCAGCAAGGCACAGUGGGACUGUAUACCUUAUAUUUCCUCAUUACCUCUUGGUAUGUAGUAGUUGUUGUUUCCCCCUGUAUUAUACCCUUCAUUCCCCUCAUCCUUCUUGUCGUCCUCAUUGUUUCACAUUACAAUAGGUGACAAGGGAAAUUACACCUCGUGUUAAGGGGUAACCUAGCAGUGUGUCUGCCUCCCUGUACAGAGAAUAGUUUUUUUAUUUUUUAUUAACAUACCACCGCCUCUCCCUCCCUCCCUCAUCUCAUCAUGGCAGGGCUACAAUCUAAAGAGUUCCCUGGGGAGCUGAUAAUAACCACCCAGCCUCUCUCUCUGUGCUACCUUUGUGGUGCUGAGCCAGGUCACUGACAACCCCACUGACAUGAUUGCUGGCUUAUGUUAAUUUUUCACCAUCUGCAAUGAUGUGAUACUGUACUAGUGUGCUUCCAGGACUAUUUGGGGUUUGGUUUAUUUGAAUCAGUUUGACUGGCUGGCUUUAGAGUUUGGUCAUGUCAUGCUAUUGUGUGUGGCUGUGGCUCUGUUGAUUUUCAGACCACUUCCUGAGGACGGUGACAUGGAGUCAUCCUGUGGUCUCACCGAUGACAGAGCCUGUGAGUAACAUUAAAAGAAUAUGUGACUGGCAUUUGGUAGCUCAAUUAACUUACACUACAUGGCCAAAAGUAUGUGGACACCUGCUCGUCGAACAUCUCAUUCCAAAAUCAUGGGCAUUAAUAUGGAGGUCCCCCCUUUGCUGCUAUAACAGCCUCCAGUCUUCUAGGAAGGCUUUCCACUAGAUACUGGAACAUUGCUGCGGGACUUGCUUCCAUUCAGCCUCAAGAGCAUUAGUGAGGUCGGGCACUGAUGUUGGGCGAUUAGGCCUGGCUCGCAGUCGGCAUUCCAAUUAAUCCCAAAGGUGUUCGAUGUGGUUGAGGUCAGGGCUCUGUGCAGGCCAGUCGAGUUCUUCCACAUCGAUCUCUACAAACCAUUUGCAUGGGGGCAUUGUCAUGCUGAAACAGGAAAGGGCCUUCCCCAAACUGUUGCCACAAAGUUGGAAGUAAAGAAUCGUCUAGAAUGUCAUUGUAUGCUGUAGUGUUAUGAUUUCCCUUCACUGGAACUAAGGUACCUAGCCCAACCAUGAAAAUCAGCCCCAGACCAUUAUUCCUCCUCCACCAAACUUUAGAGUUGUACUAUGCAUUGGGGCAGGUAGCGUUCUCCUGGCAUCCGCCAAACCCAGAUUCGUCCGUCGGACUGCCAGAUGGUGAAGUGUAGUGAGUGUUGCAACCGAUGACAGACUAUUUUUAUGCGCUACGCGCUUCAGCACACGCCGGUCCCAUUCUGUGAGCUUGUGUGGCCUACCACUUCGCGGCUGAGACAUUGUUGCUCCUAGACAUUUCCACUUCACAAUAACAGCACUUACAGUUGACCGGGGCAGCUCUAGCAGGGCAGAAAUUUGAAGAACUGACUUGUUGGAAAGGUGGCAUCCUUUCAAUUGCCACGUUGAAAGUCACUAAGAAAAUUCUACUGCCAAUGUUUGUUUAUGGAGAUUGCAUAGCUGUGUGUUCGAUUUUAUACAUCUGUCAGCAAUGGGUGUGGCUGAAAUAGCCGAAACCACUAAUUUGAAGGGGUGUCCACAUACUUUUGUAUGUAUAGUGUAAGUAACUUCAGCAAUAUUACUUUAUGACUAGCCUGCUGUUUUGUGUAUGUGGGGGAAUAACAGGGCAUUAUCUAAUUGUCAUAUUUUGCUGAUGAUUGUUAAAUUGUAAAAAAGCCAAUAAAUAUAUUGUUAAAAAUAUAUAUUACUUUAUGACAAUAAGCCUUGACAACACACUGAUGCUUGAAAUCUUUUUUUUACACAUGCUACUUCAUAAACCCUUCAACUGUGAAUUCAACUGGAUGUUAUGUGUGUACACUACCAGUUACUAAGAGUCUCACCACCUCUGCCGCAGCUCCCCCCAACUCUCUGAAUGUUGGUGGAGGUGGCGGAGGUGGAGUAGUGUCCACCCAUCGCAAGCUGCGUACGUUAGUGGCCCCGGAUAUCAACCUGUCCCUGGACCACAGCGAGGGUUCCCUGCUGUCUGACGACUUCCUGGAUACGCCCGACGACCUGGACAUCAACGUGGACGACAUCGACACCCCCGACGACAACGACUCUCUGGAGUUCAUCACCAAUGGCAAUGAGCUGGAGUGGGAAGGUGAGUAGGGCUCAUGGGGCGUGGAUUAAUGGUAGCCCUGGUUGCCAGCCUGGUAGCCCUGGUUGCCAGCCUGGUAGCCCUGGUGCCAGCCUGGUAGCCAGUCUUUCUGCUUCAGACAACCUGUUGUUUGGUUAAAUGUAGCUAGCGCAGAAACGGUCUGGCACCCACUUCGGCUAGAUAAAUAGCUGCGUAUGUACACUAAUGUUUAAGUCCACAGCUAAACAGCACGAAAGCUAAGAUACUGAAGAGAAAUACAAAGAUGGAUGACAUAAAAUAAGUCAAUUUUGUCUCACUCAUACAAAUACAUUAGCUUCACAUUGUGGCAUAAACACCUUUCAACUUUCCACUAUGUAUGUCCAGAUGAUACACCGGUUGCCAACGCCAAAGCGGGGCCUGGUGACGGAGAGGAGGAAGACUGUGCUGAUGGGACGGGGGGUAACGGGCGCCUGUGGAGGACAGUGAUCAUCGGGGAGCAGGAGCACCGUAUUGACAUGCAGGUCAUCAGGCCGUAUCUCCGUGUCAUCACCCAUGGGGGUCAGUGUCCAGCCAACAGCAUCCAGCCAGAGCUAUAGAUACUGUAUACAAAGUUAAACUAAUUAGAAUUGAAUUAUCAUGGAACUUUCUCUGCCAACAUGGUGCCAAUUAUUACAUCUCAAACUGAGUUUAUGUCUGUAAAUGUUUGUACAUCCAACAUAGUGACACCAACGGGAUGAACUAACAGGCCAUGCCAACUCUCACUCUCUACUCUCCUCCUGCAGGUUACUAUGGUGAGGGUCUGAAUGCCAUCAUAGUGUUCUCAGCCUGCUACCUGCCGGACAGCAGCUGUGCAGAUUAUCACUACAUCAUGGAGAACCUCUUCCUGUGAGUAACUGUGUUAUUUAUUUAUGACGAGGCACCCAUCAGAAAGCCUCGCUAUGUAGUGAUAUUUUAAACUAGGUUAUCAUGCACAAUAUGCUAUUGAUUGCUGGAUUGAAAAUUUACGCUGCCAGAAAAUAUAACCUGAUUUGAGAUUUCUUUAGUGCUUGCAAUGGCAGCAAUAAAAUGAACCUCAAUCUUUUUCCCUUCUCAGGUAUGUGGUUAGCAGUCUAGAAAUGCUGGUGGCUGAGGACUAUUUGAUCAUCUACAUGAAUGGAGCCACACCGCGGGGCAAGAUGCCAGGCAUAGGAUGGCUAAAGAAAUGCUAUCAGAUGAUUGAUAGGAGGUAAGGAUAUUUAUAUCUUAUACUAACUACUAAACGACAGCUUGUUUAAUGCGAUUGUUCAUGCUGUUGACAUAGGAUGGACGUGCAUGACAUAAACGUCAACUGAGUUUCAGAAAAGUUCAUGGAGAGUAAUUGUGCUUGUCACUGCUACUGGCAGUCAAUGGGAAAGGGACUGACUCAUCCUAAGCCUCUUGAUAGAUUCUUCCAGCACAAUGGGACGUCUGUAUUUCCUUAUUUCAACUGCCGGCAGGUAACCUAGCGGUUAAGAGCAUUGGGCCAGUAACCGAAAGGUUGCUGGUUCGAAUCCCUGAGCCGACUAGGUGAAAAAUCUGUCGACGUGCCCUUGAGCAAGACACUUAACCAUAAUUGCUCUGCAUAAGAGCGUCUGCUAAAUGACUAAACUGCAAUAACUGCUUAUUUCUGUUGUCUCUGUAGGCUCAGGAAGAACCUAAAGUCUCUGGUCAUUGCCCACCCCACCUGGUUCAUCCGCACUGUGCUGGCCAUAUCCAGGCCCUUCAUCAGGUGACCACACAACACAACGACACAUUAAUAACACAGUUAAAUACUACAUAUCGUCACUGUGACUGACAAUUUAUAGUUGUAAACACAACAUCAAUGUAACUUGUUGUUGUAUCCUGUUAUUUGCAGUGUGAAGUUUAUGAAUAAGAUCCAGUAUGUGCACAGUCUGGACGAGCUGGCAGAGAUAGUCCCCAUGGAACAUGUGCAAGUCCCAGAAUGUGUGGUGCAGUAAGUAUCAUCAACCACCUUGGGGAGUAACUGAGCUGAAGACUUGACUCCCACUAUCAUUCACUGACUUGCAGUGAUUUGCAAUUUUGCUGGAGUAAAAUGUGUAGACUAAUAAAUUAUGUGAACUUGCAAGCGAAUAAUUAUUCCCUCAGUGAAUAGACGUGGAUGCCUGGCAGAGACUUUGAGGCACUAAAUAAGUCAUAGAAGAAUACAUUUAAAUAUCAAAGGUUUUCAAAUAGGAAUUGAUAUGUUAAUUGUGUUAUUCUCAGCCAAGAUAGGAUCUGUAUUCCAACUUGAAAAGGACUUGGAUAGGAAUAGGGAUCGUAUGAUUUCUUUCUUUUUACAGAUUUGAGGAGGAGAGGAUCAAUGCUCGGAAAGAAAGGUAAAAUACAUUUACGUCUUAUUUUUUUUAUCGAAUUAAUCAGUCAGAUAUGCUUAUACUCAAUCGAUUCAGGGGUGACCAAUGCUGUAGCCUCAGUCAGUUCAUUCAUCAAGCUUUUAUUCAGUAGGUACAGAUGUAGGAUCUUAAUUCCAUCCAGUUUGCUACAGAAGGAAAAUUAUCCUGCAGCAACAGGAAAUGUGCAUUAUAAUUAAUGGACAUUUUUGUAGGGGAAAAUCAUGUCUGACAUUUCAAAGUGGAAAUUACGAACUUCCGAAGCCUUUUUAAACCUCAAAUACACUACAAGUUUUACAUUUCCUGCAGGGUGAUCAAAUGAAGAUCCUACAUCUGUAUUGUGUCCCUCUGCCUGUACAGGAUGGAGCAGGAACAGCGGCAGCAGGCAAACCCACAGGAGUCUUCUUCAGCCAAGGCAGAGAGGUAGGGAGUAGACAGUUACACUACAAUGGCCUGUGCGUGAUAGCCGAAUAUUGUAUCGACCAGGGAUCUUUAACCCCCUCUUCAGCCUGCAUGCACAGUAGCUCUCCAGGACCAGGGUUGGAGAUCCCUGGUAUAGACCAAGCAGUAGUCAACAUGUCCAUAUGGUCAAGCAAUAGUUCCUCUCACUAGCAAUAUAGAAGGGAUUGAUGGGGAUAAUGUUACAGAAACAUGUUUAUUCAUACUCCUGUCAUUUGCAGGCCCAAGUCAAUGAUCGCAGAGCAAGGAAUCUGA